AUCGCCUUCCCUAUUUCACCCCGUGCGCGGCGCCGCUCCUCACGAACCCUAGCUACAGCCCCUUCGCGACACUCUACCGCCCUCCUCGAUGGAUCCGCAGCAGCCGGAGCCCGUCAGCUAUCUAUGCGGAGAUUGCGGAGCUGAGAACACGCUCAAGACAGGGGAUGUGAUCCAGUGCCGCGAGUGUGGGUACCGCAUCCUCUACAAGAAGCGCACCCGCAGGAUUGUUCAAUACGAAGCUCGCUGAAGACAAAGGAACAAGCAUCAUUCGCCGUUAGUUCAUGUCUGGAGCGAUGGGAGUGUGUGCCCUGAGACAAAGCUACAAUGGAGAAAUGUAUUAUAUAUUACAGUGCUUGUAGGUUGUAUUUGUCCGUUGGACUUUGGCUUGAAGUGGUAAAACUUUUUGUAACCGUAUUGAGAUUUCAGACAUCAGGUAAUCGAGAUGAUGCAUCCUGAAAGCUGGAUAUCGAAAAAUUGUUAUUAUUGCUAUUGCAGGCAAUAAAAUGACCUGUUGGUUGGUCGCAA